AUUGUUUACAUGCCAACCAAUAUCAAUUCAACUGAUCCAAAAUAAUCUCUGGUCUUGUUUUAAUUUAUUUUGAGUAAACUGAGUUAUUAAUUUUAAAAUUACUGUUAAUAAUUCUGUAGUUUUUUCUAGUAAUUAUGGCUAUCACCUUGUAUAAUCUCUAUGAAUCUAUUUUAUUAGUUAUAAAUGCCGUAGCGAUCCUUCAUGAAGAAAGAUUUCUUAACAAAAUUGGCUGGGGGAGAAAUCAAAACAACCCUAUGAAUUUCAAUCAGCCUUAUGGUGUGCCUCCACCGCAACCAGGAGUUAAGGCCAACAUUUUAAACCUAAUACAUUCAAUUAGAACGGUCAUGAGAGUACCGCUGAUAUUUCUAAAUGUUGUCACCAUUUUGUUCAAACUUCUUGUUGGUUAAAAGCUGCUGAACUGCCCUAUGCUGAAUAUUAAAAAGUUUUGGAAAGAUUUAAUUUGUAAUACAUUUCUCAAUUAAAUUUCCUCUAGAAAAUUUUAAAUACUCAUGA